AUGCAGGUUCUAGGUUACAAGCUCGUCUGCUACUUUACCAACUGUUCCCAGUACAACCAGGACCAGCCCAAGUACUUUCCCAAGAAUGUGGACCCAUACUUGUGCACACACCUGGUUUAUGCCUUUGCCACCAUGAAUGAGAACAAGAUCGCUCCCUAUGAGUGGAAUGACAUUGACGUCUUGUACCCACAGUUCCGAGCCCUGAAACAAAAGUCAGUAGCCGUGGGUGUGGGGAGGAUUAGAAGGGCACAAUUCACCACCAUGGUCUCUCUGCUGCCAACCGCAAGACCUUCAUCUGUUCAGGUCAUUGAUUUCCUCCGACUUCAUGGGUUUGAUGGGAUUGACUUGGACUUUGAAUACCCCGGCUCCAGAGGCAGCCCUGCUGAGGACAAGCAGCGUUUCAUCAUCCUGAUUAAGGAAAUGUUAGUUUUUGAAGAAGAGGCCGAAGAAACAGGACUCCCCAGGCUGCUCAUAACAGCCGCUGUGUCCUCUGGGAAAGGCACUAGAUACAAGAUUGCAGAGAUUGGAAAGCUCCUGUACUUCAUCAGUGUGAAGACCUAUGACUUCCAUGGUGGUUGGGACUCAUGUACGGGACAUAACAGCCCUCUGCAUGUGGGAUCCAAAGACCAAAGAGAUAACGGCUAUUUGAACUGUGAAUAUGCCAUGAAGUAUUGGAAAGAAAAUGGGGUUCCAGCUGAGAAACUUAUCAUGGGGUUCCCUACCUAUGGAAGAACUUUCCGGCUCACCACUUCUGACACCUCUGUCUGUGCCCCAGUCUCUGGGCCAGGCUCAUCUGGUCCUUAUACACGUGAGGCCGGCUUCUGGGCUUAUUAUGAGAUCUGCACAUUUUUAAAAGAUGCUACAACUUCCUGGAUCGAUGACCAGAAAGUCCCCUAUGCCUACAAAGGCACCGAAUGGGUCGGCUUCGACAAUGUGGAGAGCUAUGGGUACAAGGUAGAUUUUGUCAAGCAGAACAAAUUUGGGGGUGCUAUGGUUUGGCCCAUUGACCUUGAUGAUUUCUCGGGGACUUCCUGCAAUGAGGGCAAAUAUCCACUCAUAAGUAAACUACGGUCUCUCCUGGGACUGUCAGUAGAGUGUACACCAGCCAGUAAGAGCCUGAAUGACCUGUUCCCAACACCUAGAAGUCAAGGCUUCUGCUCCAGCACUGAAGGAGGGCCUGGGGGUGAUGGAGGCGACAAUGGAAGUGUUGAUGGAGGCAGUGAUGGAGGAACAGGAGGAGAUGGUGGCUUCUGUGCCGGGCAAGCAGAUGGCACCUAUGCUGAUCCUGAAAACAACACCAAGUUCUACCAGUGCGCUGAAGGCAAGACCUUUCAUUUCCAGUGUGCCCAGGGCCUGAUCUUUAAGGAGAACUGCGUGUGCUGUGACUGGCCUUAAAACAAAGAGCAGGGGGCAGCUAGAUGGCGCAGUGGUUAAAACGCUGGCCCUGGAUUCAGGAGUACCUGAGUUCAAAUCCGGCCUCAGAUACUUGACACUUGCUAGCUGUGUGACCCUGGGCAAGUCACUUCACCUCCAUUGCCUCGCAAAAAAACCAAAAAACAAACAACAACAACAACAACAACAACAAAAAAAAAAACCAAAGAGCAAUACUCUGUUAAAAAGCCUUCUGGUUAUGCCCCACCCCACCCCAAGCCCCACUCAGUGGCAAACUCCUUGAAGUCAGACUUGCUUUUUAUUGAUCCUUGAAUUCCCCCCACAGAGGCUAGGGCUAGUACAGUGCCUGGCAUCCCAGAAAUAUUCUCCCAAAUACUCUUGUAUCUGUGAUCUAAUCAGUCUGGUAUCUUAGUCUAUGUAGUGUCAACUCCCAUCCCUAUCUUCCCAUGGUCACCACAGGGGCCCACCCAAUGUCCAUCCUCAGGGCCUUUCCCAACUUUUCCUAACAUCAUGGGGAUACCAGUAGAAUAAACAUCAGUGGAAUAUUUUAACAAACUACCUAGCCAGUGCAUCCGUCUAGUAACAUUACUCUCUCUCUAGGGCAGGGAAACUUUAAGGGUGUUAGUUCAGCCUCGGCAGUGCCCACAUUAUGAGGAGGACUUACCGUUGUAACAGCUGGGAAAAUGUCAACCUCUGAACUGGUGCAGAGACUGGUAUUUUGUAUUUAGUGAAGAUUUUGAAUAAACUGAGCACAGCA